AUUAUUUGAUAAUUAGGAUCCACGGUGUACAUGAAUUUACUGGGUGUAGAAAAAAAAGUGUCAAGCGAAAUUACGGUUGCAGAGAACGCUGAGAAGUACCUGAAUCAGACUCGACAAGUCUCAUGGAGAUCCCAAGCUUCGGGGCGGAGUAGAGGAUCAGUUGCUAAAAAUAUGCAGCAGUCUUGUUGGGCGUUAUGUUUACUGGCCGUUUUCAUGCUAGGACCCAACUCGAAAUUUGUUGGUGAAGCGUUUCAACCGGAGUUUGCGGAACCAAUCACAAACUUAACUGUGCCAGUCGGCCGAGAUGCCACUUUUAAAUGCCUAGUUCAAAAUCUAGGCGGAUACAGGGUUGGGUGGGUAAAAGCAGACACCAAAGCAAUACAAGCGAUACACAUUCACGUAAUAACAAACAACCACAGAGUGGGUGUGUCACACAACGGACUGACCGUCUGGAACCUUCACAUACGAAACGUUCAAGAGGAGGACCGGGGUCAAUACAUGUGCCAGAUAAACACAGACCCCAUGAAGAGCCAGAUGGGCUUUCUGGAUGUGGUGAUACCUCCCGACUUCGUUCCUGAAGAAACGUCAGGAGAUGUCAUGGUUCCUGAAGGUGGAACUGCUAAGGUGGUCUGUCGGGCCCGGGGGAUGCCGGAACCCAGGAUCAUGUGGAGGAGAGAAGAUGGAGCGGAUAUUGUCAUUAGGGACCCUCAUGGAGGAAAAACAAAAGUUCAGAUGUACGAGGAAGAAGUGUUGACUCUGACGAAGAUAUCGCGCUCCGACAUGGGCGCCUAUUUGUGCAUCGCCAGCAACGGGGUCCCGCCGUCCGUUAGCAAGCGGAUCCAGAUCAAAGUACACUUUCACCCCGUGAUACAAGUGCCAAACCAACUGGUGGGUGCUCCUCUCGGGACUGACGUCACCCUGGAGUGCUAUGUGGAAUCAUCACCGAAAUCCAUCAACUACUGGGUUAGAGACUCAAAUGAAAUGGUGAUAUCGUCAAGCAAGUACGAGGUGGUGAACACAGUGAUCAGUUCCUUUGAGAGCAGCAUGGCGCUGACCGUCAGGAAGCUGACUGCAGCUGACGUGGGUGGCUACCGCUGCGUUGCCAAGAACUCCCUGGGUGAAGUGGAUAGCAUCAUCAGGCUUUAUGAAAUUCCUGGCCCGACCGUAAGGAAUACAAGCCCUGCAAGCAAGAAGGAAGAUUACAAAUACUCCACACCCAUCGAGGGUCCUGACAACCAGUUUGGAUCUGCCGACAGGUCUGAUGAUGAAGACGAACUAGUUGUAGACGACGUGUCAUCAAAAACCCCGCACCUAUCGAAUGAAUAUAUUACAAAAAACAAAACACACAAUUAUCUGGCUACGAAUAUGGUCAACGAACAGAAACUUAGCAAUAAGAUACGAAAAAUAUUCGACAUAAACGAAUUCGAAGGGGUUAACUCUUGUACAAAAUUUUCUUCCUCACUAUCCUUCAACAGUUUAUUGGUAGCAUUCACAAUUGUACGUGCAGGUUUAACGUAGAUUAUAAUAUUUAGUGUACAAAAUCGAUUCAACCCAUAUCGAAAUCUUUAACGUAAGUCCCACCGAUUGC